AAGCAACGCGCAUCAUGAACGUAACGGUCAUAUUAUUGCCCAAAGAGCCAGAACGUAUCUCGGGUCAACAUUGUUCAUGAAGAGUGAACAGUUCGUGCACAAAGUCUUGACGGACGUUGGUGUAGUGAAAGACAUCCCAUCUUCAUUAAAAGAGUGGCUUGACGUGAACACUGUGUCAGAUAACUCUUGUUGGCAAGCUAAAGGUAAUAACAGUGACGUCACGAAGAACGUCCAUAUCGGUGACGUAAUCGUAACCGGUGCUGACGUCGGCAUCGUUGUUGGUUUAAACCCGAAGUACGUGACGUUAGUGGUGGGUCAGAUGGUGAUGAAUUCUGCACUGAGCGGUGACGCCAAGAGAAACAUCAUUGCCUGGUGUUACCUGUGUCAGCUGAACACAAAAUAAACAGUAAACAGCAUAGAUACAUCAUUGUCUGGUGUUAACUGUGUCAGCUGAACACAAAAUAAACAGAAAAACAGCACAGAAACAUCAUUGUCUGGUGUUACCUGUGUCAGCUGAACACAAAAUAAACAGUAAACAGCC